GGCAAAUAGUGAGUUAGUGAGUUGUCCACGUGAUCUCAUUGCGCAUAAAAAAUUUAUCUCCGGUUAUUGUGACAGAUUGGGAAUAGAGGUUAUUCACAUUCGAUAUAUCUUUAUAAACACUUAUUAUUCGUCUCGAAUUCUUAGAGAAAAUAAUUAUAUGAACUUUAUAAUACCGAAUACUUUUUCAAAAUGUUUCCGAUAACAAGGAUUCGUAUUAAAUCUACGAUUUUAUCGCAAUGGUCUUUAGGCUGUACUAGGUUAAUGUCCGCUGACAAAACGGAUGGAAAAGAAAGUCAACGAUUAAAGGAAUUUCGAAAAAAACUUCGUGAAAAAACUCCCAUCGAGAAACUAGAGGAGCUUGAAGAGGGAAAACAUCCGUAUCAAGAAAAAGAGCCGCUAGAAGCCUUUCCUGACAACAUAAAUCCAAAAACAGGUGAAGUUGGUGGUCCAAGAGGACCGGAGCCAACACGUUAUGGAGAUUGGGAGAGAAAGGGCAGAGUAUCAGAUUUCUAAUAAAUGAUAUUAUUAUUUUAGUAAUUGUCAAAAUGAUGGAUUUAAAAAUCUCAAAAGUGUAAUUCUUUAUUAUUAAUUAAAAACAUAUUUCUCAAACCUA